UUUCCUCCCUCCUCGGGAUGGUCGUGCUCCACUCUUAUUCCCCCGCGCCCGUCUCUUUGAUUUUUAUUUUAAGAAUUUUUAUGAAGAAAUUCUUCUCCCUAUUUCCCUGAAAAUUCUCUCCCUCUCUCGAGAUUCCAACUCAUUUCAUCUGUGGAUUGGCUCUGCACAUCUAACGGACAAGAAUCCGUCGGCCGGGCGGGAUUUUAGGGUUGUAGCUCCGACAAAUCCUCUCUGCUUUCUUUUCCUUCUUUGCUGGAAUGACUAAUAUUUUUUUUUUUUGGGAAAGAAGUUUAUUUUCCUUUUAGUUAUAAUUUCGAUUAUCUCUCUGUCAGCAGUUGCUAUCCAAUUUAUCGCCCUGUCCGUAUUUUCCUCAAUUUGUUUUGCGAAAAAUAGAAAGAAGAACGGGGGGCGAGGGGGAGGAAUUCGCCGUAAGAAAAAUAAUGAAAGUUGAGCCAAGAAAUGCCGGUCGGAGCCCUUGUUUCGGGUUCCGGUCUCGGUCUUGAGAGCAAUCUGGCCUUUGGAUUGAGUUAUUGAUGCUCUUGUUGGUUCCUGUUCUUUGUUUUGACUCAAAGUUUGGUCUUUGAUCCAUAUUUUGUGCUUGGUGAUCUUGGUUCUUGAGAUUUUGUGAUUAUUUUGGAUUCAAUUUGAAGGAUUAUGAGUAGGAGUGGCUGUUCUUCGAAUCGAGUUUUUGAAGAAUCUGGAAAAGAUUUGAAAUUUAUGAUACAUCGGACGUAGCAACUUUCAUUUUUUGAGGGGUUUUUAGAGCUUGUUCGUGUUGAAUGUAAGGAAUCCCUCUUUCUUUAAGAGGGAUUUGGGUUGCGAUCCAACAGAGUCGUUGUGUGUUCGAAGGUUUUGGGCAUCAAGGAGUUCUCCGGGCGAUGCAGUUCCAUUGCCGCACUUAAUGUGUCAAAGCUUCAGCACCAAAGGAAAAAGGUGGUGUUUAGUCGUGCUUAUGGGCUGCAUUUGCUCCAGAGGUAUAAGCACAGAUGAGGAUGGUGAGACCCAGCAGAAAGAUCGGAGCAAGUCCUUCAAGCGGUUCGUCACGCUUUCGAAGAAAGAGGAGGUUGUGGCAGCAGUUGCCGAAGUGGUUGUUGGAAAUAAUGGGGGUUCGACGAGGCCUAGACCAAAGCCACAGGACAAUGAAGACAGCACAGCAUCCCAGAUGCUGGAUGAGGGGGCGAAGAAAGCCACGGUGAAUGUCGACAGGACGAGGAAAGCCAUUGGGCACCAGAGACGGGCCACUGUGGAUGUUGGGCCAGAUGGCAGUUCAACAGCCGGUGGCGACAAGGCGGGGGAGGCGAAUUUGGGGAUCGUUGAUGUGCCCAACGGGUUCUCGGGGGAGCAUGCAGCAGCAGGUUGGCCUUCUUGGCUCACAUCUGUGGCAGGGGAAGCAGUAAAGGGCUGGCUACCUCGGAGAGCAGAUUCCUUUAAAAAGUUAGAUAAGAUUGGACAAGGAACUUACAGUCAUGUGUAUAGAGCCCGUGAUCUUGAAACUGGCAAAAUUGUUGCACUCAAGAAAGUGCGAUUUGUUAAUAUGGAUCCUGAAAGUGUCCGCUUUAUGGCGAGGGAAAUUCAUAUUUUGCGUAGACUUGAUCACCCAAAUGUUAUAAAGCUCGAAGGUAUAGUUACAUCACGAAUGUCAUGCAACUUGUAUCUUGUAUUCGAAUAUAUGGAGCAUGAUCUUGCUGGACUCACAGCGAUGCCAGGGAUCAAGUUCACAGAACCACAGGUAAAAUGUUAUAUGCAACAGCUACUACGCGGGCUUGAUCAUUGCCAUAGUCAUGGGGUUUUGCAUCGAGAUAUCAAGGGUUCAAAUCUUCUAAUUGACAACAAUGGCCUCCUUAGAAUAGGGGACUUUGGCCUGGCGACAAUUUUCAAUCCUGAGCACAAACAACCGCUAACAAGUCGUGUUGUAACACUGUGGUAUCGGCCUCCCGAGCUUUUGCUGGGUGCAAUAGAGUAUGAUGUUGCUGUUGAUUUGUGGAGUGCUGGUUGCAUCCUUGCAGAAUUGCUUGCUGGGAAGCCAAUCAUGCCAGGAAGAACUGAGGUGGAGCAACUGCACAAGAUUUUCAAGCUGUGUGGAUCACCAUCUGAUGAGUACUGGAAGAAAUCCAAGUUGCCUCAUGCAACUAUUUUCAAACCUCAACACCAAUAUCGACGCUGUUUUGCUGAGACAUUUAAGGAUUUCCCUUCUUCAGCAUUAGCACUAUUGGAUUCCCUACUUGCAAUAGAACCAGAGAAUCGGGGAACAGCAGCUUCUGCCCUUGACAGUGAAUUCUUCAGAUCAAAGCCACUUGCUUGUGAUCCCUCAAGCUUGCCCAAAUAUCCACCCAGUAAGGAGUAUGAUGCCAAACUUCGGAAUGAAGAAGUUAGGAGGCAAAGAGUAGCAGCCAUCAGUGGCCGAUCAGAAUCUGUAAGGCCAGGAAGAGGAGAAUCCAGAGGAAUGCAAGUGCAAUUGGAACAUCAGAAGCAACAAUCACCGGCAAAUCCGAAAAGCACCACUGAGAAGUACAGCCCACUGGAAGAUGGUGUGGAAGGAUUCCCACUUGACCCUGCCUCAGGAGUAGAGAAUGGCUUCCCUCAAUCUGGUCAUCCUGGUGCAUAUGGAAACUCAUGGACUAAAAAGGUCCAUAAAGAUGAGCACAGGAUGGUUCCUGGUCGUUCUUAUGGUUCUAUGAGGGUUCCAAAUGGUCCUCAGCUAAGGACACAGAGAUCGUAUGGGCCUCAGUCUGGUGCUGACCCCAACUUCCCAGCUUCAGUGGCGGCAAAAGGCAGUUCAAACGGAUACAGUAGGCUUGAUGUUACCGUGCCUUCUGAGAAGCAGAUGCUUGAUAGGCCUUAUUCAACUCAUAAGAAAGACUAUGGAGUUGGGGGAAAGGACUCAAUAGCAAUGGGUUAUGGUACUAAGAACAAAAGAAUUCACUACUCCGGGCCAUUGAUGCCACCAGGGGGAAACAUUGAGGACAUGCUCAAAGAGCAUGAGAGGCAGAUCCAACAAGCAGUUCGCAAAGCACGCCUCGAUAAGGUCAAGACCAAGAAGAACUUUUAAGAAGAUCACACUGAAGGCACUCUUUUGCAGCAUGAAUGGCAGUUCAGAAGAUAAAAGAGCUGGUUUUGACUUACAUUGCUGAAAUGGAAAUAAUAGUAAAGCAGAGUAACUUGCACACGUCUGAAUAAUUCUACAACACAAAAGCCACAGUUUUCUUGAUCAGCAAAGAGGGAUGUUGAAUGUCAAAUUUGUAUGAUGGCACGAUGAAGGAGAUUUUACAGCUUUCGAUGCAGAACUUGUAAACUUGAUGCACUACUGCCAAUUGUAUAUUUAAUGGGUGCCUUGAGUUAUGGGGAAACUGUCAAAGAGAAUGAUUCAAGGGCAGGGUCACUUGGAAUUUUUUUGGCAUGUGUAUAUCUCUGAGGCCAAGCAAAUUGAUUAUGAAAGCUAAAAGAAGAGGGGUCUAUUUUCAGUUGCAUAUCAUCAUGUAAACUACACUCAUCUUCCCAAAAAUUUAAUGAAUGUAUCUUGGUAAAGUUCUCUAUA